UUGGCUGGACGUCGCAUGAUUGGCAGACCGAGACCAGGAGAGGAGGAGGAUUGGGGGAAGAAGAGAGAGGGAGUCAGGACCGCGCUGUCUGGAGCGUUGCCAUGCCAACGGGCCGGGCUGUCCUGGGUUUCUGGCCUCCGCCCUGCAGGAGGUCCCUUCAGAUCGACGCUUCCCCGAUGCAGGGAUAUUGGAGGAAAGGAAGCAGAAUUCAAGUGUGUGUUUCAAGAAAUAGGAGACAAGGCAGACUCUUUGGUGGUCUGUGAGGUGGACCCAGAGCUGAAAGAGAAACUCCGAAAGUUCCGCUUCCGGAAAGACACAAGCAACGCGGCCAUCAUCAUGAAAGUGGACAAAGACCGGCAACUAGUCGUGAUGGAGGAAGAAUUUCAGAAUAUUUCACCUGAGGAGCUGAGGAAUGAGCUGCCUGAGAGACAGCCCAGGUUUAUAGUCUACAGUUACAAAUGGCUCCAUGAGGAUGGACGGGUCUCUUUUCCACUCUGCCUCAUCUUCUCCAGUCCUGUAGGCUGUAAACCGGAACAGCAGAUGAUGUAUGCAGGAAGCAAAAACCGACUGGUACAAACUGCUGAGCUCACCAAGGUGUUUGAGAUCCGUACCACAGAUGACCUGACAGAGGCUUGGCUUCAGGAGAAAUUGUCCUUCUUCCGUUAGAUGGGGGCAUCUGGAGAUGUCCAAGGAUCCGGAGGCAGGACACCUGGGUGCUGGGAAAUUACAUACCCUCUGACAAAAUAAACUAGUGAAACCUGGA